AGCUCUUCUCUUCUUCCGCAUUCUUACCGGCAAGCCAUGCCGAGUUCAUCUUUCUACAUGCUCCUUCUCCUCUCCUGGCUGACUCUCUCAUGCACUGUUACACUCUCGGACGUCGCGCACCAACUCAUACUGGUGAACAACUGCAACCACACCAUCUGGCCGGCGACUCUCGGCGGUGCCGGCCACGCGACCCCGCGAGACGGCGGCUUCCGCCUCGACUCCGGUGGAGAAUCCGUGGUCGACCUCCCCGAGCUGUGGUCUGGCAGAAUCUGGGCCCGGCAGGGGUGUGCCUUCGACGAGCACGGCAAGGGGGCCUGCAGCACGGGCGGCUGCGGUGGCGGGGUCCUCCGCUGCAGGGGCACGAGUGGUGAGCCGCCGGCAACAGUGGUGGAGAUGACGCUGGGCACGACGUUGUCGCCGCUCCACUUCUACGACGUGAGCCUGGUGGACGGGUUCAACCUGCCGGUGUCGGCGAGGCCCGUGGGCGGGAGCGGAGGGUGCGGGGUGGCAGCGUGCGAGGCGGACUUGAACGUGCUGUGCCCGGGGACGCUGGAGGUGAGAAGGGAGGGGAGGGUGGUGGCGUGCAAGAGCGCGUGCUUGGCGAUGGGAUCGGCCAAGUAUUGCUGCACCGGCAGGUUCGGGAGCCCGACGAAGUGUAAACCGACGUUGUUCGCGAAUCUGUUCAAGGCCAUGUGCCCCAAGGCGUAUAGUUAUGCGUUCGACGAUGCUAAGAGCUUGAACAAGUGCAGGGCUUCGAGGUACGUCAUCACUUUCUGUCCUCCACAGUGAAGUGAAGAAAGACGAAGAUGAACAUGAAGAUGAAGAUGACGAUGACGAUGACGAUGACGACGAAGACGAAGACGCAAUGUCCAGGCUUUUAUUUACUUUUUCUCUCGUCUGUUUGAGCGAUCUUUACUCUUUUUUCUUAUGUUUUAUGAUUUUCGUACUUUAUUUUGUGAAGAUAAGUGAGUGGGUCACGUAGCAAUACAAAGUUGGGAGAAUUUCUGAA